CACUAGCGUAAACAGCUGUUUUUCGCCGGUUUUAUAACAAUAUAUUAAAUCUUUUUUUGUUCCGUAAUUGCUAUUUUCGGGUUAUUAAGAUGUAUCUGAUGAUUAGAAUUGCCAGAUUUUCCCGUCAGAUAGCUCGCCCACUUGUAGAGCCUCGCCACUUUGCCAUAUUUUGUUCUAGUGCGGAUUUGAGAGGGAGAAAAUGCAUGUCCACCAAGGAAACCAGCGAGGGCGGUAAUGAAAUUUUGGUCGAAAGAUUGGAGGGCGCACAGAAAGGUAUUACAGUGCUUGGCCUUAAUAGGCCGGCAGCCAAGAACUCGUUAAGCCGUGCAAUGGUGGAUACCUUUAGAGAAAUCUUGGACGAGAUUAAAAAAGAUAAUGAUUCGAGGGUUGUUGUCCUACGCAGUCUUACACCGGCCAUAUUUUGUGCUGGCGCGGAUUUAAAAGAGAGAAAAUUCAUGUCCAUCGAGGAAACCAGCGAGUUUGUUUCUAAUCUACGGAAUCUUUUCAUUAGCAUUGAACAAUUGCCGAUGCCCGUGAUCGCCGCAUUGGACGGCGCUGCUCUGGGUGGUGGUCUGGAAAUGGCCCUGGCAUGCGAUAUACGCACUGCAGCUACAAAUACCAAAAUGGGUCUGGUAGAGACUCGACUGGCCAUAAUCCCCGGCGCCGGGGGCACUCAGCGACUGCCUCGCAUUCUCUCCCCCUCGCUGGCAAAGGAACUUAUCUUUACUGCUCGAGUCUUGGAUGGAAGUGAGGCCAAAGAAUUGGGUCUCGUCAACCAUGUUGUAAAUCAGAACGAAAAAAAGGAUGCUGCCUACCAGCAGGCCCUAAAGCUUGCCGAGGAAAUCCUGCCCAACGGUCCAGUGGGUGUACGAAUGGCCAAACUGGCCAUUGACAAGGGCAUGCAGGUCGAUCUUAGCACUGGCUACUCCAUAGAAGAGGUGUGCUAUGCUCAGGUGAUACCCACAAAGGACCGCUUGGAGGGACUUGCCGCGUUUGCCGAGAAACGCAAGCCCGUCUACAAGGGAGAAUAAAUGGAUAGGCCCACGGUCCUAUUGUUAAGCUGAACAGUGCAUUUAUAAGUUAUUCUGUAAUUGUCAUAGACAAACACAUGAUCAAGUCCAAUUUGCUUGAUUUUAUAUAAAUACAACGAUUCGAUCGAGCUGCCAAA